UCUUGUUGGCCUUUUAGUCUGUUGUUUGGGAUUGCAAUUGAUAUUGGUAAAUUGCUCUCCUGUCCAACGUAGGAAUGACGGAGCCGAGAAAGAUGUACCCGCUUAUUUCCUGGAAAAUAUGAACCAAACCAAGAGAAGAGCCGAGAAAGAUGAACCCGGUUAUCCUAUGGAAAAUAUGAACCAAACCAAGAGAAAAGUGAAACAAGAUGAAGCAGAUGGUGGUAUGGAUAACAUCAUCGAAAUAAACAAAAAUGCCAAAGUCAAACUUUGUGAGGGAGACAUCAUUUGUGAUAAAGAUGAUUCUCAACUAUCUAAACGCGGAGGCGCUAUUAAAGUUCAAAGCAGACUUUGGCCAAAUAAAGUCAUUCCCUACAAGAUAAAUCGUCGUUUUAGUGAAAAGGAGAAGAAAGUGAUCAAAGCUGCCAUGGCUGAGUUUCAUAAGCACACUUAACGUAUUCUAAAGUAAAAUGUCUUAAUACCACGUGCUAAUAUCGAACA